AACCUGAUUCUCUGACUCUUCCUGCCUUGGAGAGGAGUGUGCCCUUCAUCUGCAGAGAAUUUUCUUCUCUCCAUAGCUUUCAUGAAAGGAUCGAAGCAGAGGUUAUACAAAUGUUCACAGCAGAUUCCAGCUGUUUCCUCACUCUCCCGCCAUGCCGGAAGCUUCUUCGGCUUCGUCCUUCACAACCUCCGAAGAAGCUCUUUUCGCGACGAACCUCUUCGCCUUCUCCCAUCUCUACUCGUUCCAUCGCCCGGUUCCACAGGAGCCCUUCACUCACCACUUUUCCGCCAUCGAAACGCUCGAUUAGAGCUUCUUCUUCGUCUCCCUUGUUUUCUCCCUCUUCGAAGCCGACCAAGUACGACGUGUUCAUCAGUUUCCGCGGUGAGGACACACGCGUGAGCUUCACGAGCCACCUCGCCGCCGCUCUCCGCCGCGAUAAGAUCGAGACGUUUCUCGACAACGAUAAACUCCGCAAAGGUGAGGAGAUUUCACCGGCGCUGGUGGAAGCAAUCGAGGUAUCGAGGAUCGCCGUCGUGGUUUUCUCUAGGGAUUACGCGUCUUCCAGGUGGUGUUUGGACGAGCUCGUGAAGAUUCUCGAAUGCAGGAAGAAGAAUGGGCAGAUUGUGUUGCCUGUCUUCUUCGACAUUGACCCGACAGAUGUCCGACGACAGACAGGGAGCUACUCGGCGGCGUUCGCUGCACAUGAGGAGUAUUACAGGAGGAGGUCUCCGGCGGCUGCGGCGAGGGUGAAGCGGUGGAGAGCUGCUCUGACGGAGGCUGCGAAUCUGUCCGGAUUCGAUUCCACUGUCAUAAGGCCUGAAUCUGAACUAGUUAAGGAGGUUGUAACUUGCAUUCUGAAGCACCUUAAUGGUCUUAAGAGGGGAGGUAAAGACGAUUUGAUUGGGGUAGAAACCCUGAUUGAAGAAGUGUUGAACUUACUAGGUAAUGGAAAGGAUGACAUUCGGUGUGUGGGAAUAUGGGGAAUGGCUGGCAUUGGGAAGACUACAAUUGCUGGAGCCAUUUUUAAUCACAUCUGUAGUCGAUUUGAAGGUUGCUGCUUCCUAGCAAACGUUAGAGAAGAAUCUGAACGACGGGGGAUUUUUAGCUUAAGAAGUGAACUGCUUUGCCAGAUCUUUGACCAGCAGGAUAUAAUUGUUUCCACCCCUGAAAUUGGACAAAGGUUUCUUAGAGACAAACUCUGCCGUACAAGAGUUCUCAUAGUUCUUGAUGAUGUGAGCAGCUUGAGACAGCUAGAGUUUCUGAUUAAGGACGUUAAUUACUUUCGUCCAGGAAGCAGAAUUAUUAUUACCACACGAGACAAGGAUGUGCUUAAGCAUGGGGUUGAUGUGAUUUAUGAGGUAAAAGGAUUAGCUGAUAGUUAUGCACUAGAGCUAUUCUUUCGGUGUGCCUUGAAAGAAACUGUUCCUUCUAAUGAUCAUUUGCAUAUGGGUAAGAGGGUUCUACUAUAUGCAAACCGAAAUCCUUUAGCUCUUAAGGUCUUGGGAUCUUUUCUAUGUCAGAAAAGUAUAAAGGAGUGGGAAAGUGCACUCUAUAGACUUCAGAAGUUACCUGAUAUAGAAAUUCAGCGUAUAUUGCAAAUAAGUUAUGAGGAUCUGAAUGAGGAAGAGAAGGAGAUUUUCCUUGAUAUUUCUUGUUUCUUCAAAGGAGAAGAUAAAAGUUUUGUCACAAAUAUGCUCGAUGGUUGUGGUUUUGCUGCAGAUAUUGGGAUAAGAGCACUUAUUGACAAGUCAUUGGUUACAGUUUCACAAAAUAAGCUUCAGAUGCAUGAUCUGAUACAAGACAUGGGUAAAGAAAUAGUUCGCCGAGAAGCUCCUCGAGAGCCUGGAAGACGGAGUAGGUUGUGGAGUCAAGAUGACAUCUUUGAAGUAUUAACAAAAGAUAAGGGAACUGAAGCUAUCGAAUGCAUAUUUUUGAAUUUGUCUCAAGCAAAAAAGAUGCAGUUGAGCCCUCAGGCAUUUUCAACGAUGUGUAAUCUUAGGUUUCUUAAAAUUUACGAUACAGAAAGCUCACAAGGCAAUUGUAAACUAGACCUUCCUGAAGGCCUUGAAUUUCUGUCCGACAAGCUUACAUAUCUCCAUUGGCACAGCUAUUCUUUGAAAUCAUUACCGCCAAAGUUUUGUCCUGAGAACCUCGUUGAACUCUCGAUGAAGUACAGUAGUCUUGAGCAACUUUGGGAUUGCACGAAGGAUGUAAGGAAUCUUAGGAGGAUUGACCUGAGCUAUUCGACAGAUCUCAAGGGCAUCCCAGACCUCUCGGGAUCCGCAGCACUUGAGUGUAUCAGUCUCCGGGCCUGCAGAAAUCUUGAUGAACUCUCUAGCGUUAGUUGUAAGCUAAAACAACUUAAGUUUUUGGACCUAUCAGGGUGCUCAAAUCUGGCUGAAUUUCCAGAGAUUUCAUGGGACUUAAAGGAGUUACUCUUGGAAGCUACUGCAGUGGAAGAGCUUCCUCUGACCAUUAGGAACUUCACUCAACUCGUCAAAUUAGAUCUGGGAAACUGCAAUAAGCUCAAGAAGGUUCCGAGUAUCGAUUAUGAGUUAGAAUCACUGGAAUAUCUGAAUAUGUCCGGCUGCUCAAGUAUCACAACUUUUCCAGAGAUCUCUAGGAGUUUGAAAACAUUGAUUUUGAACGGAACUGCAAUAAAUGAGAUCCCAGCAUCCAUCAUCGUCCUUGGAAAACUGGUUUUCCUGGAUCUGCAGAACUGCAGAAGCCUCGCAAGUCUUCCGAGCUGUAUCUGCCAUUUAAAGUCUCUUCGAGAGCUCAAUCUGUCUGGCUGUUCAGACUUUGAUUCAUUCCCAGAAAUCCUUGAGAGAAUGGAUGCUUUAAGUUGUCUCUCUUUAAAUGGAACUGCCAUCAAAGAGCUUCCUUCAUCAAUCGAUCAAUUACAUGUGCUUUCUUCACUAGACCUUGGAAACUGCAAGAGUCUUGUUAGCCUUCCAGAUGGAUUUUGCAGUUUGGAGUCCCUCAAAGAUCUAAAUCUCUCUGGAUGUACAAAACUUGAGAACUUGCCGAAGUGCUCAAGUAAUCUAAACUCGAUGAGGAUGUUGAGAGCAAAUAGAUGUAAUGGUCAUGUUAUAGCAUUGCUAUUGGAAAGCUUGCUUUCUCUGAGGAUUCUACAUCUAAGUGACUGUGGAUUGUCAGAAUUUCCUGAAACUUUGACUCAAUUGUCGUCCUUGAUGGAGCUUGACCUCAGCCGAAACAAUUUUGAAAGGAUACCUCCGAGCAUUAAGGAAUUUAAUGAUCUACGAAGUCUUGAUCUGACUAAUUGUGAGAGGCUUCAAUCCUUACCACAGCUUCCAGGUGGAAUAAGAAAAUUAGAUGCAAGCAACUGCACAGCCCUUGAAACAAUAUCGGGCAACAAAAGAUUUAACAUUCAGAUUUACCCCUUAAACUAUGUGGAGACCUUUGUGUUUGCAAACUGCCACAAACUUGGUCAAGAUGCGCAGAACAUAAUCGCACAACAAGCUGAACUCAGACUUCAUGCAUGGAUGUCCCUUUCGAGCUUUAUGUUAAAUUUGAUAACCAAGACAUCUCCGUUUACGUGGAUGCGUUCAGAACAAAUCAGGUACUUGUUCAAUAGGAUGCAUGAAUAUAAAGACUAUAGUGAAGCACUACAAGGAUUGUAUCAUGGUCUCUUAAAUGAAGAGCCUGAGCCAGGGAAAAGCCCUUAUACCAUGAUGCUCCGUAUUCUCAGUGCCAUUCAUAGACGCUCUAGGCUUGAUGUCCAAGGACAUUUUAGAUUUUUCACCUGGGCUACACUUCUCUCUUUGUCUUACCAAGACAAGCCUUCAACAAGCUUUUGUUUUCCAGGAAAUGGAGUCCCAGAAUGGUUCGAAUUCCAAUGUGUCGGUUUUCAAAUUAGCAUGAAUUUUCAAACUGAUAAACAGUCAAAUGUUCCUAGUCUGUUUGUGGGUUUUGCUAUUUGUGCUGUUGUGGACUUCCAAAGCUACCAUGGUGAUAAUGGUUUCAGUGUCAAAUGUCAAUGCCACUUCCACACCAAGAAGUUUGAUUCGUUUGAUAUAGUUUGCUACUUGAGGGGCUGCAGUGGACAUAAGGGUGAAUUCAUGCUGGUAGAAGGGGAUCAUCUGUUCGUUGGCUAUGACUUUUCUUUAAUAUUUGAUGCGGCUAAUGGAAGUAAACGGUUGUUCAGCUUUUCUCAGAUUCUCCACGAAGUCUCAUUUGAGUUCUCCGUGGUUGAUUCGGAUGACAAUCCGUUAGAUUGCUGCAGAGUGACAAAGUGCGGAAUCCUCCCGCUUUACUUCAAUGAUACGAUCCCAUCUGGAAAUCAGAUCUCAAAGGGACAUGAUAAAGGCAAAGAAUGGAUACAGGUAUCCUCGAGAAUAGUAGCCGAGGCAUUUAAAGGUUACGGCAUAUUCAGGAUGUUAUUUUACAGCAUCCUCAGGAUUGGCAAGUUAUCCAUGGAUUUUGUUCACAAGGGUGGAAAGAUCUAUCUUUUUCUAGCAUACAGUUUUGCAGGUCAUGAGAUAUUUAGCAUCCUGCUAGAAGAACCAGAAAUUUCAGGACAUCCUCGAAAUGUCAUUAGUUUUGAAGUUGAGCCCAAAGUACCACGUCGAGACAAUGGCCGAUUGUUAAAGCACGGACAAAGUCUCAAGCCAAACGAUUCUGAGCAGAAACCAUCAACAAACAAAACAUCCAGAGCAGCAGACAGGAAUGGUGAAGCAAUAAACUUGUCGAUGCUCCUAAUUUCCGUCAUCGGCAUUGUUGGACUUUCUUGGUGUUUCAUAGUUGGACCCUGCAACUAAACUGUGACUACGAUCUCUGUUGAUACCGCUCUAUUGAACCGGGAAAUAACGUUUCUCUCCGAGAACCCAGAACAGUGGAUUCCCCAGACAUUGCACAGAAAGAUCCGUAUGUAACUUGUACAAUUUUAUUCGAAUUCAGUUUGUGGAAUCGUGAAAUAACUAAUGAAAACGGGGAACUAUAGAAUUGUUCUGGUGGCUUAUAAGUAUUUUCCAAGUACCUUAUAGAAAUUAUUAGAGAGAUUGGCCGGUUACGUGGUUUGAUUAAUCUUAGUCUAUAUAGUUAAAGUUUUUUUCUUUUUGUUUCUAU